GUCAUGGCCAACUACUACGAAGUGCUGGGGGUCCAGUCCAGCGCGUCCCCCGAGGACAUCAAGAAGGCCUACCGCAAGCUGGCUCUGCGGUGGCACCCCGACAAGAACCCCGACAACAAAGAGGAGGCCGAGAAGAAGUUCAAGCAGGUGUCGGAGGCCUACGAGGUCCUGUCCGACUCCAAGAAGCGCUCCCUGUAUGACAGGGCGGGCUGUGACAGCUGGAGGGCAGGUGGCGGGGCCAGCACCCCCUACAACAGUCCCUUCGACACGGGCUACACCUUCCGCAACCCCGAGGACAUCUUCCGUGAGUUCUUUGGUGGCCUGGACCCAUUCUCCUUUGACUUCUGGGAUGUCCCCUUUAGCAGUGACCGGGGCAGCAGGGGACAUGGCCUGCGAGGGGCCUUCUCGGCGGGCUUUGGCGAGUUCCCGGCCUUCAUGGAGGCCUUCUCCAACUUCGAUGUCCUGGGCCGGAGCGGGGGCAGCCGCACCACCUUCUCCUCCACCUCCUUUGGGGGGUCCGGCUCCGGGAGCUCGGGGUUCAAGUCGGUGAUGUCCUCCACGGAGAUGGUCAACGGCCACAAGGUGACCACCAAGCGCAUCGUGGAGAACGGGCAGGAGCGCGUGGAGGUGGAGGAGGACGGGCAGCUCAAGUCGGUGACCAUCAACGGCAAGGAACAGCUCAAGAGGGUGGACAGCAAGUAACGGGGCCACUCGGGCCACCCCGCCCCCC